CGGAGAGCGGCCGCUCCGCCGCUGCCCGCGGCCCAGGUUUUACCAAGAGACAGUACAUCUAACACUUAACUUGGAUCAUCUCUUGUUCAUCAGCUUGAAAAUCAUAACAGCCCCCAAAACUGACAUUUGAUCUGAAAGAAAAAGCUGUGACAAAUGGACAAUAUGUCUAUUACUAACACGCCAACAAGUAAUGAUGCUUGUCUGAGCAUUGUUCACAGCUUGAUGUGCCAUCGACAAGGUGGAGAGAGUGAAACUUUUGCAAAACGCGCAAUUGAAAGUUUAGUUAAAAAGCUAAAGGAGAAAAAAGAUGAAUUGGAUUCUUUGAUUACAGCUAUAACCACAAAUGGAGCUCAUCCUAGCAAGUGUGUUACAAUACAGAGAACGCUGGAUGGGAGGCUUCAGGUGGCUGGUCGCAAGGGAUUCCCUCAUGUGAUUUACGCUCGUCUUUGGAGGUGGCCUGAUCUUCAUAAAAAUGAACUCAAGCAUGUUAAAUAUUGUCAGUAUGCUUUUGACUUAAAAUGUGACAGUGUCUGUGUAAAUCCUUACCAUUAUGAGCGUGUAGUAUCGCCUGGCAUCGAUCUCUCAGGACUGACACUACAGAGUUCUGCUCCAUCGAGCAUGUUGGUGAAGGACGAAUACGUUCAUGACUACGAGGGGCAGCCAUCAUUGUCUUCUGCCGAAGGCCAUUCAGUCCAAACCAUCCAGCAUCCACCAAGUAACAGGGCAUCUACAGAGCCUUAUAGCACCCCAGCCAUGUUAGCUCCUACUGAGGCUAGCACUACCAGCACCACUAAUUUUCCCAACAUUCCUGUGGCUUCAACAAGUCAACCUACCAGUAUAUUGACAGGUAGCCAUAGUGAUGGACUCUUACAGAUUGCUUCAGGGCCUCAGCCAGGAACUCAGCAGAAUGGGUUUACAGCUCAGCCAGCUACUUACCAUCACAACAGUACUACAACUUGGACUGGAAGUCGGACAGCAGCCUACACACCUACCAUACCUCACCACCAGAAUGGCCAUCUUCAGCAUCAUCCACCUAUGCAUCCUGGACAUUACUGGCCAGUUCACAAUGAACUUGCAUUCCAGCCUCCUAUAUCAAAUCAUCCUGCUCCAGAAUAUUGGUGUUCAAUCGCAUAUUUUGAAAUGGAUGUGCAAGUUGGGGAAACGUUUAAGGUCCCUUCAAGCUGUCCAAUUGUUACUGUUGAUGGAUACGUGGAUCCUUCUGGAGGAGACCGUUUUUGCCUGGGUCAGCUUUCCAACGUGCAUAGAACAGAAGCCAUUGAGAGAGCAAGGUUGCACAUAGGUAAAGGGGUGCAGCUGGAGUGCAAAGGAGAAGGUGACGUGUGGGUUAGAUGCCUCAGUGACCAUGCGGUCUUCGUUCAGAGUUACUACCUGGACAGAGAAGCAGGGCGUGCACCAGGGGAUGCUGUUCACAAGAUUUACCCAAGUGCAUAUAUAAAGGUGUUUGAUUUACGCCAAUGUCAUCGUCAGAUGCAACAGCAGGCGGCCACUGCCCAAGCUGCUGCUGCUGCUCAAGCUGCAGCAGUAGCCGGAAACAUCCCUGGACCAGGAUCAGUAGGUGGAAUAGCCCCAGCCAUUAGUUUGUCAGCUGCUGCUGGAAUUGGUGUAGAUGACCUUCGCCGCUUAUGCAUACUCAGGAUGAGUUUUGUAAAAGGUUGGGGACCUGAUUACCCAAGACAGAGCAUCAAAGAGACACCGUGCUGGAUUGAAAUUCACUUACACCGUGCCCUCCAGCUUCUCGAUGAAGUACUUCAUACCAUGCCUAUUGCAGACCCACAACCUUUAGACUGAGAUCCCUCUGCUGCACUGCUGUGGGCCAUUAUAUCGUGAGGAUGGUGGAUUGUAAAAUACAAUUCUGUUUAUAACCUGAAGAUAUAUUUUACUUUUGUUCUGCUUAAUCUUCUAAAACCAGGUUUUAAAAAUGUGUUUGCCGCCUUGCUCUUAGCAGAAAGAAACUGAACAUGCAGAAUUUGGAUUUCAGUUAUUUUCAGAACUUAAUUGUCGUAAUACAUGGCUCAGGGCUUAAAGUGAAAGGUAAAAGCCUUAUAGAGACUUUACAGUAUUGGGUUUGUUCCCUUUGAAACUUUCCUUCUCUAUUGUGGCAUCUUGGUGAUAAGCCUCACAGGAGCCUUUUGUAUGCAGAAUAUAUAUUAUAUAUAUAUUUAUAUCUGAAAAUUCCUUCUAAUAGUUAUAAACAUUUACCUUGUAGCAACUUUAAAAUUCCAACUGAUUUGUGACGUUCUUUUUAGGGAACAACAGUUAACGGAAGACUCCUUUAUUUUGUUGACUAUCUUGUUAUGAUUUUUCCAGAUUAAAACAUAGAAGCUGCCAAAAAGUGAGGGAUGAGACAUACAUUGUUGGCAUUGAUUAAAAAUAGCGAGGAAAAGAAAUGUGGCUUUUCCUUCACUAGUUUUUAAAAAAGAUAUCUUAGAUUUUUAUUUAUAUAGACAUGUGAGUUUUAAAACACUAAAGGAAAUGGAUACUUUCAGUGCUGGCACUCAAUUUAAAUAUAACAUGAAAUACCCAGUCUGCAAAGUUGCCACUGAAAUUGCAUAAUGAGUACCUAAUGGCAGGAACAUAUUUUCAUAACUACUACUGACUUCUAUGAUUUUACUCAAGUAAAACUUGGCAGGUAUUUUAAAAAGUUGCAUGACUCUUUUUACUUGCAUCUACCAUUAAAUCAUGUAUAAUAUUACAUCAAUAUUUAGGAUCCAGUUUUUGUAUCUGUUCACCAUUUCCACUCAGGGCAAGAUGGCAAACUUGUUUUUAUACCUCUCGGUUAUUUUAAGCCCUAUGCCAUCAAUGACCGUAUCAAUUGGCAAUGACUUUGUAUAGAGAAUUUAUAGUAGAAAAAAUGCAAAUGUAUUUACUGUAUCACAGAUACAAUAUGUAUGCUUUCUCUCUAGUUAAUAGUAUAAAUAAAAUUAUGAAAACCCUGA